AUGGUACGGCCGAAAAUCCUUCUGAUGCUCGCGGGCUACGUGCUCGGAACCGGAGCUCUCCUGUGCGUAUACUACGGAGCCCUCACCGUGCCGAGUCCGCCGAUGGAAACGGUCAAAUUCGAUCUCCAAGGAAAGGUCGAAUCCUUACAGCAAAGGGUCGGCUACGCAGAACUGAUGGUGCAGAAGAAAUGGCAUGACGUCAUGCAGACCGAGUCACGGCUUGCAGGCAACGCGAACCUCUCCCUUCCGUUGCCUUCAAUCUUCGAUUUCUUGCCAUACCUCAGGAACUCAACGCACUUGGAACCCGCCCUUCGAGUAUCCAACUCAUCGAGAUCAGGAGUGCGAGUCGUUCUCGGGAUUCCGUCGGUAAAGCGUGACAUCCAAUCAUACCUCACGUCUACUGUGGAGAAUCUCAUCGCCAACAUGAACCCAAAGGAAAGAGAUAUGACUUUGAUCGUGAUCUUGCUCGCGGACACGAAUACGUCCAAGGUGGACGCGCAGCUCCAGGACGUACGAGCUGUUCUCGACGAACACUUGAGAUCAGGCCUCGUGGAGGUUAUCAAUCCGCCAAAACAAUUUUAUCCCGACAUGAAUGCCCUCGGAACCACCCUUGGAGACGACAUUCAGAGAGUGAAAUGGCGCACCAAACAAGCUUACGACUUCGCCUAUCUGAUGAUGUACGCGUCGUCGAGAGGAGAGUUCUACGUGCAACUCGAAGACGACAUCCUGAGCAAGCCGGGUUUCGUGACCCAAAUGCUGAAAUUCGCACAACGGCAAAUGGCUUCGAACCUGAAGAAUUUCUUCGUCCUCGAUUUUUGCCAACUCGGAUUCAUCGGCAAGCUUUUCAAAUGCGUCGAUCUCAUGAAAUUCGCGACGUACAUUUUGACGUUCGCUUCGGAUCAGCCGGUCGACUGGAUUCUCGACCAUUACGUCCAGACGAAGGUCUGCCGUUUCGACAAAGACGCCAAACAUUGUCGAAAAAUGAAGGGGACCAUAUGGAUUGCCCACAAACCGUCGCUCUUCCAACACGUUGGGACCCAUUCAUCACUUAAGGGCAAAACGCAGAAAUUGAAGGAUCGCCAGUUCGGGAAGGUCAACCUGUUCAUUGCGCACCGGGACAACGUGCCCGCUGAAGUCACAACUUCGAUAAAGAGUUACAAGACGUUCACCAUCGAGCGGGCUUAUCUCGGAGACUCAUUGUUCUGGGGUUUGCUACCGGCGGCGGGUGACCACAUCACGAUUGCCUUCCACGAACCGGUGAUUCUUGAGAAAGUGCUUUUCCGCAGUGGUGACGCCGAACAUCCAAACGAUCGUUUCGUCAACGCCUCCAUCGAGGUCUUGCCUUACGCUCAGCAGCAGCAGCAGGAUUCGCGACAACAGCUCGACGAAGUCCAUCGAACAAUCGAAACAAACUCCGUGGAUAAACCGCCGCGGAAUGAUUCGUGGCAGGAAAUCACGAGAUUCGACCAUAGCGGCGUGGCUCAGAGCGGCCCGAUCCCUUAUCCCGUGAUGGGGGUCCGUCUCGUGGUGUUGGUGGAUCAGGAUCAUUGGGGGGUUUUGAGUGAGCUGCAGGUCAAAGGGAGCGUGCACCAGGUCAAUAAGGCCCUGCUGUGACAGA